CCAGCUUCCGCGAUACCGCUAUAUCGUCGAGGGAAACUGACGUCGACGACGCGAAGAAAGGAGAGAAGAGAGAAAAAAGGAAACGCCAUCGAGAGAGCGAGCGAGUGACGAGACCGUUAACGUUGUGACAUGUCCAUUCUAGACGAGCGCGAGGAGUACCUGAAGAAUCCGUACUUCAAGGGGCACGAAUACGGCGACUUUACGCCAUUCUAUGUCACAAUCGCUUUCUGCUCUGUCCUAGGCGGAGUUCUGUUUAUUCUGAACAUCGUGUUCUGCUGGUGCUCGCGGCACCGUGAAUACUGGCAGAAUCGCCACACCGGCAAUAGGUGGAUCCAGCCUCUAUGGACCGUGUUGCCGCACAAAACGCCGCCGCUUGACCUCAGCGAGUUAGAGCCCGGUCGCAUCAAGUAUCCUCAAGUGAGGCACGAGAUUGUUCAGUAUCACGAUCCGGAGUCUCAGGGUGCCACGCCGCAGCCGCAGGAGUACAUGGAGAUGCAAAAGCGCGAGAGUGAGAUCUAAAGCUGACAGCACC